GCCGGGAGUGGCCCAAGGAGCGGGCAAUUGCAGGCAUCUGCCCCACCGUGUCCAUCAUCCACCAUGCGGCCUCUAGUCCUGCUGUGGGGUUGCCUGGUGCUCCCAGGCUAUGAAGCCCUGAAGGGCCCAAAGGAGGUCAGUGGAUUUGAAGGUGACAGCGUUUCCCUGCAGUGCACCUACGAGAAGAAGGUGAGGGGACACAGGAAGUACUGGUGCCGAGAGGGUGGCCUCAUCCUGUCCCGCUGCUCCGACAUUAUCUACUCAAGACCGAACGAGGAGGUGGUACAGGGCCGGAUGUCCAUUCGAGACAGACCCCGAGAGCUCUCAAUGACCGUGACCAUGAGGGACCUUACCAUGAAGGACUCGGGGAAGUACUGGUGCGGGAUUGACAGACUGGGCUUCGAUGAAUCUUUUGAAGUGUUUCUCAUCGUCUUUCCAGGAAGAAGGGACAUUCCCACCCCCACUGGCACCUGCUGCCCUACUUCCCCCAACCCCUUCUUCCAGCCUCUCACAGUUAUGAGGAUCCUGCAGCCCAAGGCAAUAGCCUGGCAGACUCAGCUCCCAGAACUGACUUCUCCUGGUCUCCACCCGACAGUCGUCACAGUCAAGCAGGGGAAGACAGAGGUUAAGGCCCCUGUGUUCACGGAGGAGGCCCCAGCCUGGUCUUCAGAAACCUCCCAGGUUCUCCCAGGAACCUCUCCAUAUGCUGGGAGUGCUCCUCACACAACAACCCCAGCCUGGUCUGCAGGAACCUCCCCUUCCCCAGGAACCUCUCCAUAUGCUGGGAGCUCUCCUCACACAGCGACCUCUCCUCAUGCAGGGAGCUCCCGCCCAGUCAUCUGGCCUCUCAGCAUCACACCAAAGGACUCCACGGCCAGUCGUGUCCUCACGUCCAGUGUGUCCAUCCCGAUGGUCCGCAUGAUGGCCCCAGUCUGGGUGCUCUUGUCCCUUCUGCUGGCAACAGGUCUGAUUGCCUUCGGCAGCCACAUGCUCCAGUGGAGAAAGAAAGCUUGGCUGGCCGUGGAGACACAGAGGAACGAGAAGGUCUACCUCCCAGCUUCGCCACCAGGGAACAACUGGGUGCCUGAAGAUGCCAUGAUCAACCUUGCAGCGCCUCCCGAGUGUCUCAGCAACCCCAAGGCCUCCGCUGUGCCCUUCACGGAGACCCAGCACCUCGACCAGGCUACAGAGGAAGAGGCAGCCCCUUCCCGGGACGCCAAGGAGGAUGAGGAUGCAAUGGCAGCCCCUCCCCUGCAGGUGUCCGCACAGGAACUGGCCUCCGAGUUCGUCUCUGUGUAACCUCAGAAUGGCCCGUGGUCAGGCUCCAUAAAGCUGAACCGCUGAGUUUGCAUGAAUUCGCCGGCUCUGCUCACACUCCAGGGCUCCGUCCACCUCCCUCCAGGCUCCCUGCUUGUGUGGCCCAGAAUGGUAACAAAGUGUAUCUGUGGACCCCGAAGCCCAGCGUGGACCGAACAAUUCCAGCCAAUGGCUGAGACCUCCCCAGCAUAUUCUAAUCUCUAGGAAGAGUGCGCAGCUGCGGACCUUCACCUGGGCCUGGCAAGGCUCAGUAGAUGAGGGCUGAGUUUGUAUGGGUUCCAGGAAAUUUCCUGGGCGUGGGUGCCCAGCAACCGUCCCUCCUCCCAUCCCCUGCAAAUCCCACCUUUGCUUCCCUCCAUUCUCUUGCCGCAGCUGCUGUGGAGGAGACAACAUACGUGUGUAUAAAACAUAUGUGUUUAUAAAACACCUGCAUCCUGGCCCUUCAGAAAAAUCAUUAAAACAGAAUUCCCGAGCCCCGCCCCAAACCAUCUGGAGGGCAAGACCCGGGUCUUAACCAGUGGCUCUGACAAGUGACCAAAAUUCCCACACUUGAGCCUGAGGAAUCUUUGGCUUCCUCUAGCCUGAGAGUCUUUCUUCCUUCUUUCACUGUGGGGUCAGCUGUUUCUCCUUCUCCUUCCCCACGACCCUGUAUUCCAGGCUUUGGAAGGACAUUGGAGAAAAGUUCUCUGUCCAAACGGGGGUACUACUCCAUGGGCUCUGGAGGCUUGGGGAGGAGGAGGAAAGCAGAGUGGGGUGGGAAGGGGGGAGGACAGGAAGAAACAAGACUCCAAUUAGUAGAGGAUAAUGCUAAAUCCAGGCCAGCUGGAUGAGGGAGAGACAGUCUGGCUCAACUCUUUGCUUUCCUUUUACUAUUUUGUUUUGAAAAUGACACGCUGAGAGGGAGUGUCCAGCAUGUAAGACAUAGAAACACAGUGAAAAAGACAAAAAGCAGGGGGCAGUGUUUUUAAGGUCAUCUGUAACCUCACCAAGCCCUGUUGGCACCCUGACCGCACCUGGCUGGAUCCCCCUCCUUUCUCCUCCUCGCAUUUUGAGGUUGCUCCUUUCACAGAGGGGUCACCCCAUCCCACGUUAUCCCAUCAUAAGCAUUCCUUCAAACCUUGUACAAUAAACUUUCUCAGCUGCGUAGUACUUCAGCACAUAGGUGUGCCUCAGUUUACCGAACCGGUUCUCUGUCACUAGCUGUGAAUCUUUAUG